AUGUUGUCUCUUUUGUGGGCAUGCGCUGCCAUCCCCCUCGCUCUUGCAACACCAGCGAGGGCAUCUAACAUGUCUGCCAACAACUCCUUCGACUACGUUGUCGUAGGAGGCGGUCUUACUGGUCUAACCGUUGCCAGCCGCCUCUCAGAGAAUCCAACCAUCAGAGUCCUUGUCAUUGAGGAUGGACAGGACAAUCACAACGACCCUCGAGUAUCUGAUGUCCGCACCUACGGACAAGCAUUCGAGUCAGACCUCGACUACAACAUGACCUCGACACCCAUCCCGUGGAGGAACGGCACCAAACUUCCUAUGGCUGCCGGCAAGACCCUCGGUGGCUCCGGCAGCAUCAGCGGAGCAAGUUGGACCAAGGGACCCAGAACUCAGUAUGAUCUUCUGCCUCUGCUCACUGGCGACGAGUCCUGGGGGUGGGACGGUCUGAAUCAGUACAUGCUCGGUGCCGAACACUUCUACGCUCCCUCGAACGAGUUGAAGUCAAAAGGAGCUGAUUACGACGGUCACAAGCACGGCUUCAGUGGCCCUGUUCAAGUUUCCUUCGCUCAGGGCAUGUUUGGCAGCAUUCAACAACCAGCUCUCAAUGCUUCUCAGCAAGUCUGGGGUCUUGAGCAUGUCAGCGACGCUGCGUCUGGUAAAGUCAAUGGCGCCACAACCAUUCCCAACAUGGUUCAGCCUGGCGAGAGUCAGAACAGGUCUUCGCCAUACACCGCAUACAUUCUUGGCGAGCCGGAGAAACGCGGCAACCUCGUCAUUCUGACUGGGCACCGCGCUGUGGAAAUUCGAUGGAGGAACAAUUGCACUAGUUUAGAGUCUGACCGCAUAUUGACCGCGGAUGGUGUUUACUACCAAGCUGAUCGCCACAGUGAGAGACUGUUUGCGAAAGCAACUCGUGAGGUCCUGCUUGCCGCCGGCUCCAUGCAAAGCCCCCAACUACUCGAGCUCUCCGGGGUAGGAGAUCCUGCCAUCUUGGAUAAAGCCGGUGUACCUGUUCGGAAAGCUCUCAUGGGCGUAGGCAAGAACCUGCAAGAACAGACCAAGAACACCAUCAUCUAUACUCCAAAGUCGGACGACUUCGAGGGGUCAGGCCCACCUUCGGCAAUCGCUUUUCCCAAUGUACACCAACUUCUCGGAAACAAGUCAUCAGCUGUUCACAAAGAGACUCUUGCCAACCUGGCCUCGUAUGCCGCCGAUCUCGAAGCUCAAGGUCUUGUCGCCAACGCCACAGCCACGCAUGAAAUCCUCAGACUCCAAGUCGCAAACCUGUUCGACCAAAGCGAAGCAGCCGCAGAAAUCUUCUUCACACUCGCUGCAGCAACAGACUCUGCUCCCGCGACCGUGGGUGCCGAUCUCUGGAAUUUGAUUGUUCUCGCCCGCGGCACCAUCCACAUCACCAGCAACAACUCGUUCGAUCUACCCGAAAUCGAGCCCUCGUACUUUGGUCAUCCUCUUGACUUGCAACUGCAAACAUUGGCAACUCAGCAAGCAGCUCAAGUUUACUCGACCUCUCCUCUUGCAGAAAUGGUCGACAAAAACAUCCUUCCCGCUACCCUACCCGUCACUUACGAAGCUUGGGAGACGUUCGUCAAGGAUACGUUCACGUCGGUGUGGCACCCUAUCGCUACAUUGAGUAUGAUGAAAGAAGAGUUUGGAGGCGUGGUGGAUAACAAGUUGAAGGUAUACGGAUUGAGCAACGUGAGGGUUGUGGAUGCGAGUGUUUUGCCCGUGCAAUUGAGCGCGCAUUUGAGCUCCAGUCUUUAUGGGAUUGCGGAGAAGGCUGCUGUGAUGAUCAGGGAGGAUCAGAUUUGA